UGUGUGUGUGUGUGUGUGUGUGUGUGUGUGUGUGUGUGUGUGUGUGUGUGUGUGUGCGUGCGUGCUGGGCUCCUUCUUCCUCUGCUCGCCCCACACACCACAGCCGACCAGGAGACCAACUGCAGCAAACCUUCACUCUGAACAGGAGCUCAAGAUGAAGCUGUUAUGGAUCAGCGGACUCCUCUGCAUUUUUUCCUUCCAUCUCUGUGUGGCCAGAGUCGUCCCAGAAGGAGUUCCAUAUGACGAACCGCCAGCUGUUCCCUACUGGCCUUACUCCACCUCAGACUUCUGGAACUACGUUGAAUACUUCAGGUCCCUCGGCGCCUACAACCACAUCAACGAGAUGGCUCGGGCUUUCUACGCCCACCAGCACCUCGGAGGCACCCUGGGAUACGAGACCAGUGCUGGACAUGAACACUGAGAGGACCGCCAGGAUGUUUAGAGAACGAAACCAAAAUAUUCUGAUGGAAAGAGCAAAAGAAUAAGGGAAUAUUAUAUCUACCUUAAAUAGUUUGAAACAUAGCAAUGAAUAUAGAUAACAGUGAAGCUUUGUUGGUAUAACUGCAUAUUAUAUCCAUGUACUGUGUGAAAAAUAAACAAGACAUUUUGCUUCUAGGUAAAAGUGUCUAAGGAAUCUGCAGAA